UCCACAUCUCCGCCAGUCCAGUUUCCCUCCAUUCCCUCGCGGAGAAAAAAAGGGGGAACCGCGGAAGUUCGCCGGAGAUGUCGUCGGCGGCCACGAAGCUCGCCAACGCGGCCGACGCUACCUCGGCGGAGGCCCAAACCCUCGUCCUGGACAUGCGCAAGGCGCUCAGCUCCAUGAAGUCCCUCGCCGUGGAGUACGAGAGGGCCGGCAAGCCCGACAAGGUGAAGCAGCUGGAGGACGCGGUGCAGGAGCUGGUGGCCUCGUACGAGGACUGCGCGUACCUCGCCGAGGCGGUGAAGAAGGUGCCCGUGGCGUACCAGCCGUCUGACCAGGCGACUGAUUUCAGAAAGCUCAUCGAGUGGGAGGUUGAGAAGGUCAAGGGGGCCUCGCGAUCGUCGGGACACAAGGAUCAGCUCAUACGACAGUUCAAACAGGCUGUUUGGGAGGUUCACCAUGCAGGUCAACCGAUGCCUGGUGACGAACAAGAGGAACUUGUUAUGACCAGCACCCAGAACAGCAUCCUAAAUAUGCAUUGCCCAUUAACCUUGAAGCCUAUCAUUGAGUUGGAAAAUCCAGUUCGCUGCAUGGAUUGCAGGCACAUAUAUGACAAGGAUCCAAUAAUGAGCCACAUCCGGAGGAGCAAAGCUCCGAAUUGCCCCGUUGCAGGCUGCCCGGCGGUGCUACAAGUGGCGAGGAUCUUCUGCGACACCUUCCUGCGUAUGGAAAUCGAGGAGCUACGCUCGUCGAGGCCGUCCGCUCCGAACACCACGGAGGUAGAGGAUAUCUCGGACCAAGGGGAGGACGAGGCAGAGGACCUGAUGGACGAUGACGAGGACGAGUGAUUAGGCGUCUAGAGAGAUGAACCUUGUUGGAUGCUCGGUAUUAUGUAGGAUGAUGGUAGGUUUGGUACUUUGUUCAGGUCACACCUGUGAGCACACGGGUUCCACAUUUCCAUGGCGUCGGGUGUGUUCUGUGGGGAUCGCGGGAUUGAUGUGUUCGUUCGCUCGUCUGAUUGUUGUUUUUGAUUGAUUGGCGAAGUUACUCUU